UUCCAAGCACUCGUUGAGGGCAGUAAAGCGGAGGCAGUUGAAGAGCUGAGAAAACUGGAAGAGAUCGAAGCACAGAUCGAUUUGGCUGAAGACACCACUCAAGAGGCUGAGAAUGCAAUCGGAAACGCGAAAAAUGACGCGGAAUCUGCGGAAAACAUCGCUUUGCAAGCCGAGGAAGAGGCGAAAGCCAUCAGUGAAGCAGUUACGAAAGCAGCCUUGGCCGAGAAUGCGGCCAAGAACGCCAAUAAAACAGUCUCGGAUGCAUCUGAGAAGAUCAAGAGUAUUAUCGAUCAAUUAAAUUCACUGGAUGAAGUGAAUAGUGAAGAGUUAGAUGAACUAGAGAAACAACUUGAAGAAGCUGAGAAAAUUCUUGAGAAUGCAGAUCUUGAGAAGCAGGUGGAGGCACUGAAGGAACAAAAAAUCGACCAAGAUCGAAAGAUAACACAGUUCAAGAAUGAUAUCGAUGCAUUACAACUGGAGGUACGAAAUCUUGAAGAGAUUCGUAAUUCAUUACCGGACAAAUGCUUCAAUCUCAUCAAACUGGAACAAGAAGGUCAAAAGUGA